AUGGCCGGGUGCGGGUGGAGCGUGCUGUGGGCGUGCGUGGCGGCCGCCACGCUGCUGCACGCGGGGGGCCUGGCGCGGGGCGACUGCUGGCUGAUUGAGGGCGACAAGGGCUUCGUGUGGCUGGCCAUCUGCAGUCAGAACCAGCCUCCGUACGAGGCCAUCCCGCAGCAGAUCAACCACACCAUCGUGGACCUGCGGCUGAACGAGAACCGGAUUCGCAGCGUGCAGUUCGCGUCGCUGAGCCGCUUCGGGAACCUGACUUACCUCAACCUCACCAAGAACGAGAUCGGCUACGUGGAGGACGGCGCCUUCUCGGGCCAGUUCAACCUGCAGGUGCUGCAGCUGGGCUACAACCGGCUGCGCAACCUCACGGAGGGUAUGCUGCGCGGCCUCAGCAAGCUGGAGUACCUGUACCUGCAGGCCAACCUCAUCGAGGUGGUCAUGGCCAGUGCCUUCUGGGAAUGCCCCAACCUCGUCAACAUCGACCUCUCCAUGAACCGCAUCCAGCAGCUGGGCAGCGGCACCUUCGCCGGCCUGGCCAAGCUGUCGGUGUGCGAGCUGUACAGCAACCCCUUCUACUGCUCCUGCGAGCUGCUGGGCUUCCUGCGCUGGCUGGCCGCCUUCACCAACGCCACCCACACACACGAUCGGGUGCAGUGUGAGUCGCCGCCCGUCUAUGCCGGCUACUUCCUGCUGGGCCAGGGCCGGCACGGCCACCGCAGCAUCCUCAGCAAGCUGCAGUCUGUCUGUACUGAUGACUCCUACGUGGCCGAGGUGGCCGUACCCCGCCUGAGCCUCGGGGGGCGCCCCCAGCCUGGACACUCUCCACCUCCACCGCCGCCACCGCCACCAGAGCCCAGCGAGGAGCCCUGCCCGGAGGAGGAGUGCUUCUCCGGGGACGGCACCACGCCGCUGGUGGCCCUGCCCACCCUGGCCACCCAGGCGGAGGCCCGGCCCCUCAUCAAAGUGAAGCAGUUGACCCAGAACUCGGCCACCAUCACCGUGCAGCUGCCCAGCCCGUUCAACCGCAUGUACACCCUGGAACAUUUUAACAACAGCAAGUCGUCCACCGUGUCCAAGCUGACGCAGGCGCAGGAGGAGAUCCGCCUCACCAACCUGUACACACUCACCAACUACACCUACUGCGUGGUGUCCACCAGCUCCGGCACUCACCACAACCACACCUGCCUCACCAUCUGCCUGCCCAAGCCUCCCAGCCCGCCUGGGCCCGUGCCCAGCCCCUCCACGGCCACGCAUUACAUCAUGACCACACUGGGCUGCCUGUUCGGCAUGCUGCUGGUCUUGGGGGUGGUCUACUACUGCCUGAGGAAGAGGAGGCGGCGCGAGGAAAAGCACAAGAAGGCUGCUGCGGCCGCCGCCGCCGGGAGCCUGAAGAAGAGCAUCAUCGAGCUCAAGUAUGGGCCAGAGAUGGAGGCACCCGGCCUGGCCCCGCUGGCUCAGGGCCCGCUGCUGGGCCCCGAGGCUGUGACCCGCAUCCCCUACCUGCCCACGCCCGGCGGUGAGGUGGAGCAGUACAAGCUGGUGGAGAGCAGCGACACUUCCAAACCCAGCAAGGGCAACUAUAUGGAGGUACGUACCGGGGAGCCCCCAGAACGUCGGGACUGUGAGCUGGGCCGGCCAGGCCCCGACAGCCAGAGCUCUGUGGCCGAGAUCUCCACCAUCGCCAAAGAAGUGGACAAGGUGAACCAGAUCAUCAACAACUGCAUCGAUGCCCUCAAGUCCGAGGCCAGCGCCUUCCAGGGCGCCAAGGCCGGGCCUGUGGCCUCCGCUGAGCCGCAGCUGGUGCUGCUGGCCGAGCCACUGGCCCCCAAGCACAGCUUCCUGUCCCCCGUGUACAAGGAGGCCUUCGGUCACGGCCUGCAGCGACACCACAGCGUGGAGGCCGCGGGGCCCCCGAGGGCCAGCACCUCGUCCAGCGGCUCCACGCGCAGCCCUCGAGCCUUCCGCCCGGAGUCCACGGCCGCCGCCGGCGCGCACAAGGCUGCGGUCAGCGAGGCCAAGUACAUCGAGAAGAGCUCCCCGGUGCCCGACGCCAUCCUCACUGUGACCCCCGCUGCCGCCGCGCUGCGGGCCGAGGCCGAGAAGGGCCGCGCAUUCGGCAGCGAGCACCGCCACUCGUACCCCGGCCCCCACGCCGCCGAGCCCCCCGCGCCCCCGCCGCCGCCGCCCCCCGCGCCGGCCCACGAGGGGCUGGGCGGCCGCAAGACCUGCAUCCUGGAGCCACUCACCCGGCCCCGGCCCCGUGAUCUGGCCUACUCCCAGCUGUCACCCCAAUACCACAACCUCAGCUACUCCUCCAGCCCCGAGUACAGCUGCCGCGCCCCCCAGAGCAUCUGGGGGCGCCUGAGGCUCAGCCGCCGGCGACACAAGGACGAUGAUGACGAGUUCAUGGCCGCUGGCCAUGCCCUGCGCAAGAAGGUCCAGUUUGCCAAGGACGAGGACCUCCAUGACAUCCUGGACUACUGGAAGGGGGUGUCCGCCCAGCACAAGUCCUGAGCCCCAGCUGGCCCUUGAGGGCCCCCGAGGGCCCCCUGUCUCCCCCAAACCCCUGAUGCCCACUGGACCAAAAAAAAAACCCCACAUGACCUGUCAUGACUCCGAUUCUCACCACAAACCCCAACACACGCACACCCGGCUGGGCCAGCAGCGGGGACCAUGAGGGGACCUUUGGAGGGUGACAGAUAGAUGUUCACGCUCAUCUGUGACCUGGCACCAGCGGUAUGCACGUGCACACAUGCACACACAUACACAUGCACACACACG